AUGUUUGGCUACUUAUGUGAGUGGUUGCUGCUGCUGCAGCCGUUGCAGCAGCAGCUGCAGCGGUUGCUGCUGCCGCUGCAGCAGCAGCUGCAGCGGCUGCUGCUGCUGCUGCAGCAGGAGUGGCCUGCUGCAGUUGCUGCUGCUCUUGCUGCUUUUGCUGCUCAGACGCUGCUGCAGGGGCUGCCCUUUAUUUUGGGCUGCAUGCGGGACUGUUCUUCUCCUUCUUCUUUUUAUUUCCGAAGUCUGCUGCUGCUGCUGCGCCGCAGCAGCAACAGCAGCAGCAGCAGCAGCAGCAGCAGCAGCAGCUGGAAGCAGGCAGCUGGCGCUGCUCUUCUGCAGCAGCAGCAGCCCUCGAGCGCCCGCCGCUUGCUGGGGCUGAAGCAUAAAGCCCGUUUAUCUGCUGCUGCUGCUGCUGCUGCCUGCAGCAGCAGCAGCAGCAGCAGCAGCAGCAGCAGCAGCAGCCAAACUCUGGGGGGCCGGCAGCGCACCAGACCCCCCAUGACGCUCGCGCUGGACCUCGACGAAACCCUAAUCUUAGCCACGAGGAUUAAACUGUUUGCUUCGCAGCAGCGGGUGCUGAUGCGGGUCAAUUCUGUCCCCACGGCCUUCCAAGUUGCCAAAAGACCCCACGCGGAUUUCUUCCUUCAGGAGCUUUAUGGCUUAUACGAAAUUGUCAUUUACACUGCCAGCAGAAAAGAAUACGCCGACGCAGUGCUAGAUGCGACGAAUUUGCUGCUGUACGUGGACCGCGUUUUUACCCGCAGCGACUGUAUCUACACAGAGAACUUUGUGCACAUCGGGGGCUGGUGCGGCAGCGAAAGCGACGAGCAGCUGCUGCUGCUGCUGCCGCUGCUGCAUGCAUUAAGAGCAGCAAAAGACUUACUUCAGCCCGCUGCGCAAAGCCUUCAUGCCUCCCAGCAGCAGCAGCAGCAGCAGCAGCAGCAGCGGCAGCACAAGCUGCUGCAGCAACACAAGCAUCACAUCCACGACCUGAACCUGAAGGAGCAGCAGCAGCAGCAGGAGCAGCAGCAGCAGCAGCAGCAGCAUUCGCGGCUGUCUAGUUUGCCUCUGCAUGCAUUUCAAGUAUGCAAAAGGGCCUUGGGGAGGUCUAGGACAUUUGCUGCUGCUCUGCAGCAGCAAGCAGCAAAGCUGCAGCAGCUGUUGCAGCAGCAGGUGGGGCUGCGUGUUGCGGGCAGCGACUUGGCGGCCCAGCAGCAGCAGCUGCAGCAUCACCAGCAGGUUUUGCUGCAGCAUCACCAGCAGGUUUUGCUGCAGCAGCAGCAGCAGCAGCAACAGCACCGGCGACAGUGGGAGCUGCUGCAGCUGCAGCAGCUGCAGCAGCUGCAGCUGCAGCAGCAGCUGCAGCCACGGCAGCAGCAGCAACAGCAACUGUAUUUGAGGGAUCCUGGGGCUGCAGCAGGCUUUCAUGCAGUGCAGCAACGAAAGCCGAGGCUGCAGCAGCAGCAGCAGCAGCAGCAGCAGCAGCAAAAGUACCAGGAGGAAAACAGGCAGAAUUAG